AUGUCCACGUUGGAGGGAGCUGCUAGAUAUAUGUAUGGUGCCUGGGCAGCGAAGGGCUUGCGAGCCACGUCCAUGGUUGCCGACAACACGGAGAACUUUCUCGAGGUGAGAUGUCACAAGGUCUUGAUCUGCGAUCCUCGGGAUCAGAUGAUCCUGGACCCUGCCGCUUUGCGAACCGAGGUCGCCUUGAAGGUCCUGGAGCGGCUUUCUCCAGAGGAGCGAAUCAAUGUAGAUGAUACCACCUUGAAGGCUUUUGAAGAGGCUUGGCGCUUCUUCGAUGUGCUUUUCUCUCUGCGAGAGGGUGAGGAGGACUAUCUGCUGACAAGUCACGCCAGUUAG